ACUUGUAAGAAAAUAAAAUAAAAAAUCGGCUUCCCGGAACGAUAAUCCAGUCGACUUUUAUUGGGUCAAGCUGUGUGAUACAUUAGAUACAAGCACCACUUCUCAAACUAUCUGUCUCACAUUUACCCCAAGUCCCGCGACUCCAACCAAUUCAUCUUCCCGCACCCAAAAAAACCAUCCCCGCUCCCAACCAAGGGCAUAAGGAAUAUACUCUCUCUCAAAAUGGAUCUUCCAUCAAACGUCCACGUCUCACAGCACCCUUGCCUCAGGGCAAAGUUGAGCCAGCUUCGAUCCAAGAAUGCCAGUGCAAAGGAGGUCAAGAGCCUGGUCAGCGAGAUCUCGUUGUUUAUCGCCAGCGAGGCCAUGGGGUCCACUCUCAAGGUCGUCGAUGGUCCCAAGGAUGUCUCGCCCAUCGGUGCCGAGUACACCACCAGCGUCAUCACCCCGGAGACCAUCUGCCUUGUGCCUAUUUUGAGAUCAGGGCUGGCAAUGACUGAAGCCGUCCAAACCCUCCUCCCGGACCCCGUCCCAGUCCACCAUCUAGGUCUGUACCGGGAGCCGACGACGCUCGAGCCCGUCGAGUACUACAACAACCUCCCCAACCACCUGCCGCAGGGCGCCUCGGGAGACGCCAGCCAGGUCCCGAGCCUGGCCUUCAUCCUGGACCCAGUCAUCGCCACGGGAGGAACCUGCGCCGCCGCCAUCCAGACGCUCCGCGAGUGGGGCGCUCGCCGCAUCGUCGUACUCAGCGUCAUCGCCGCAGCCGAGGGAAUCAAGCGUGCCGCCGACGAGUGGCCCGAGGGCGUCGAGAUCUGGGUCGCCGGUGUCGAUCGGGAGCUCACCGACCGCGGCAUGUUGAGGCCUGGUUUGGGCGAUGUUGGUGAUCGUCUGUUCCUCACCAUCGGCAAGUGAAAAAGAAAGGAUGAGGGUAUUUCUGAGUCGGCAGCAGAGGCUACCUGUUAGCUUAGGUCAAGGCCUGGUUGUCUGCUUAUUUUUGUCACUGUACUGUGCAGCAUCAAACCACAAGUCCAAAAAAAGGCCUUGAAAACAGUCAACUCAUCAAUCAUAAUCAUCAUUCAUCAAUC